GGCUGGUAUUCGCCGUUUAGGUCUCUUGCAGAGCAGAUGUGAAUUUGAAUUUAGCGCAACUAAGUGAAUUAUUUUGCGAAAAUUUACGAGAAAUAAGCAGAAUUGUUGAAAUAUUUUUUCUGAAAUAAAUUUGAGAUUUAUCAAAGAAAAUAUAAAAUAAUAUUUUGAAACAAAUUUUUUGAGGUUAAACAGAGAAUUUGUAACAAAUUUAAACUAACCCACUGCAAAACAAAAACAACCAAAGUGCAUUUUAGUGUGUCUAGCGUUUUUUGUCAUACAAAAACAAAAAUAAAUACUAGCGUAUUAGAAAUCCAACUUUGGCUAAUAGUUAGCUACAACAAAUAGACUAAAGAAAAAGUGCGUGAGACACGCAACGAACUGCAAUUUGUAAAAAACAAAAAAUACAAAAACAACACAAAAUUCAGUGAAAAUUUUGUAGAAAAACUUUUAAUUGCAAAGCAUAAGAAAAACAAGUAGUGAAAGUCACAAAAAGCUUUUUGCUUUGAAAACACACACAACAAAGCAAAUUAGCGAGCAUUUGAAAAACAACAAAAACAAAUUGUUUUUGUGUACAAUUUGCAUUUUACGCGCAUUUCACGAGCUAAAUCGCUACAUUGGGUGCAGCAAAUUGUUGUUUACGCUUAGCCAACCACACGGCAGUCAGCACUGACCACAGAAUCGGCUCCAUAUUCGCCACCAAGCAAACGCAUCAAGGUGCCCGGGACGGUGACAGCGACAGCAGCAGCAGCCGAGCAGCGGACGACAGUAAAAGCCUUAAAAUGACAAGUGCAACAGCCACAAACAUAAAUCGCUCGAACAGCUUUGUGAACGCGCUCAAGUGGUGGCCACUGCAGGGUCACAACCAUCAGUCCAAUCAUGCAGCGCAUGGUGGUGGUGGAGGUACGGGUGGCGGUGGUGGUGGCGGCUGUGUCAGCGCUGGUCCCAGCACCGCCAGUGGCUUGAGUCUGCUGGGACAUCUACACAGCAAGACGUCGACUUUCGGCAGCUCAGUGGCAGUGCAAAAGCUGCGCGAAUCCAAAUGGUUCAAACGUGAUGAGCAGCGCAUUUUCUGCGCCGUCGUCGAGUGCGGCUUCAUUGUGGAGGUGCGCAGCAAUACGAAACCCACCACCAGCCAUAAUAAGCGUACGCUGCGUAGCAAUAGCAGCGGCAGCGGUGGCAGCGGCGUCGAUGAGUACGAUCUGGAUGUCAAUAAUGACGAAGAGGAUGAGGAGGAGGAGACGCUGCAGCUGGCAAUGCGAGCGCAGGAUGAAAACGAAACACCGAUGACGUCAUGGUUCGGCAUUGUCCUGUGCAAAACGGCUAAAGACAAUAAACCCAAACCUGAGACCAUUGAAAUCUACACUGUGAAAAUACGUGAAAACGGUACAUUCAAAAUGCUCAAACUCACGCUGGAGGAUAUCUGGAAUCAAGGCUGGGAGCUGCGCAUCAAUAAUUUCGCCGACAAGGAGAAAUCAGCACACAAUGAAAAGGACAUACGCAAUCAGGUGUCCUUUGCGCGCAAGGCCAAACACAGUCUCUGGAAUAAUAAUAAGCAUUUUGUGUACUGGUGCCGGUAUGGCAGCCGCCAGCAGGACGUGCGGAAGCGACAGAUGUCCGAGUGCGUGAAGUGGGGCAGCGUUGGCAUGAACGCCGGCAUGAUACUGCUCAUGAACAAACAGAAAUCCUACUCCACCUCCAAGUGAACACACACACCCACAUAUAUAUACAUGUAGACAACAUUUAGCGGCGUAGAAGAUUUCAGCAAAUCCAGUGAGGAUUCACGAUCAAUCGAUCAAUCAAAGGAGAGAGAUAAAGAACGAAAUACUGUACUGAAGUUAAGCAAAAAACCCCCAAAAAAAGCAAACAAAAAACACAAACAAAUUGUAAGCACGUCUUCAACUGCUUAUUUCAUAAUUGAUUUGCAAUAAGCGACUUACAAAAUUACUUUAAAUUGUUAUUGAUAAAAACGUAGCUCAUAGAUAUUGUAUUAUUAUUGUUUAAAAUGCACAGAUUGGCAUGUAAAUUUGUUAAACGAAAUGGCAUGCGGUGCUCAAAACACAAAACGCAAUUGUUUGCGAAAAUUUGUUACAAAUGUUCGUGCGCAGGCGCCGCUUAAACAAGAAAUAUAUAGAAAACUUGCAUAGAAAAAAAAACAAAAACAAGUAUUAUGUAUGAAAACGCAAAGGAAUUUGUAAAAAAAUCAAAAAAACGCAUAAAUUGCUAUAAAAAAAGUACUUCAGCGACAGACAUUGCGCAAAACUACGAGCGAGUUAUAUAAAUGGGAACGUGCUAAGCAAAAAAAGUAUUACCAACGGAGCGGUUAGCAACUUUAACAUGUUUUUAAUGCAGUUUUGAGUUAUUAUUAUUAUGUGUUUAAUUUUUAGGUUAUAUGUAAUUUUUUUUUUAUAAAUUUUUAGGUUAUAAUUUUUUUUAUAAUUUUAAUUUUAUAUUUAUAUAUUAUUUUUAUUUUUUUCUUUAUAAUAAUUUUUAUGAUUUUUUAUUAAGUAACGUAGUUAAGUUGCGCGCCAAUCCUAACAUAUGUACAUACAUACACACACACUUGUGUACAUGCAUAUAACUCGCCGCAGUGAGGAGCACGUUCUUCCUCUCGCUGAUUAUGAUGAUUGAUGGCAGUGAACGGAUCGGUAACCAAGCCCCAGAAGCCCCCCAAUACAAUAACAAAGCACAUACACUCACAUACAUACAACUGCGUAUGUGUGUAUAAUUUGUUAGUACACAGAAACAACAAAUAAAUAUCAAUCAAUAAUAUGAAACUAUUGUAACAACAAAAACAUUCAUGACCUUAAAGUUGUUAAGUUGUUGUAUUGUAGCUUUACUUAUUGUACAACAAACUGUUACUUAAGGAUACAUAUACAUACAUAAAAAAAACAUUUCUAUAAGUACAAUACAUAUAUACAAUAUAUAUAGUGUUAAAUACAUAUGUAUAUGUAUGUAUAUAUAGGCAUUGUGCGCUCAUCUCUGCCACGACGAGUAUUGACUUUCAGUACCCGUUACUGAUACACUGUGAAUUUCUAAUACGAAAAAAGACUUGAUUUCUAUUUAUAUAAGAUUUAAGAUUUAUGUACCCAACAAAAAAAAUACAACUGUAAAACUUACAAUUGCGUAAUGUAGCGCUAACUGAACUUUAAAAGUUUGUCCUUAUUCGUUUUUGCUGUGGUCCAUUGUGUAUAUGCAAGUAAUUGUAAAUUUCGUUUAUUUACAUACAUACAUAUGUACUGCAAGUAUAUAUGUAUUUGUUAGUUAUUAGUUAAGUUAAGCCGCAAACAUUUUGUUUAUUAUUGUUUUUAUCGCUGAGAGUACGUUAGCGUGUAAAAUAAGUUUUUGUAUAUGCUAAAUGCAUAACGGUUAAAUCUUACAACAAUGCUAGUGGAAAUUAAUGUGAUCUGUUUUUGUUUAUUACAAAAUAUUAAAAAACUUUAAAUUAUAUCAUUUUUAAGUAGUAACCAAUAAGCGAACACGACCACUUUACAUACAUACACACAUAUGUACAGUGGUGAAUAUCAUGAAAAUAUUCAAUAAUAUUACUGGCGCAUUCAAUGAAUCGCAGUAUUUACAUAAAUUAAAUUGCAAUGAUAUAUUAAAUAUCGUAUUGUAGUUUAGAAAUUAGCACGUAAGGGUUAAAGCGAUAAGCCGCUCUGAUAUAUAUGAAAAGCUUAUGAUAUUGAAUUAAAAAAAAAACUUUUUUUUGCAUCGAAAUUUGAAUAAAGGUUCGUUUUUUGACAACAAAA